CCAGGGAACAGAUGCUUUUAAAAGGGGGUGAACUUUCCAGUCAGUUUCACUCCUGGGCAAUUUCAGUCCCUCUGGGUGCCAGGGUCAGUUUCACUCCUGGUCAGUUUCAGUCCCGCUGGGUGCCAGGGUCAGUUUCACUCCUGAUUAGUUUCAGUCUCGCUGGGUGCCAGGGUCGGAUUCGCUCCUGGUCAGUUUCAGUCUCGCUGGGUGCCAGGGUCAGUUUCACUCCUGGUCAGUUUCAGUCCCGCUGGGUGCCAGGGUCGGUUUCGCUACUGGUCAGUUUCAGUCCCUCUACCUGGCCUCUCAGUUUUGCUCCUGGUCAGUUUCACUCCUGGUCAGUUUCAGUCCCGCUGGGUACCAGGGUCAAUUUCACUCCUGGUCAGUUUCAGUCCCGCUGGGUACCAGGGUCAAUUUCACUCCUGGUCAGUUUCAGUCCUGCUGGGUGCCAGGGUCGGUUUCGCUCCUGGUCAGUUUCAGUCCCGCUGGGUGCCAGGGUCGGUUUCGCUCCUGGUCAGUUUCAGUCCCUCUACCUGGCCUCUCAGUUUUGCUCCUGGUCAGUUUCACUCCUGGUCAGUUUCAGUCCCGCUGGGUACCAGGGUCAAUUUCACUCCUGGUCAGUUUCAGUCCCACUGGGUGCCAGGGUCGGUUUCGCUCCUGGUCAGUUUCAGUCCCUCUACCUGGCCUCUCAGUUUUGCUCCUGGUCAGUUUCACUCCUGGUCAGUUUCAGUCCCGCUGGGUGCCAGGGUCGGUUUCGCUCCUGGUCAGUUUCAGUCCCGCUGGGUGCCAGGGUCGGAUUCGCUCCUGGUCAGUUUCAGUCCCGCUGGGUGCCAGGGUCGGUUUCGCUCCUGGUCAGUUUCAGUCCCGCUGGGUACCAGGGUCAGUUUCUCUCCUGGUCAGUUUCAGUCCCGCUGGGUGCCAGGGUCGGAUUCGCUCCUGGUCAGUUUCAGUCCCGCUGGGUGCUGUUGGGUGGUCUCCUGGUUGCGUGACCCCUCGCAUGCCCUUGGAAGUGCUUAGCAGGUGAGCUCCUCAGCUUUCCCCAGUCAGGGGCAUGAACCCUGGUGGCUGGGCCCAAUCCCAGCUUGGAUCAUCCCCUUUCCCCUCCCUAAACCCACACGCUCUCCACCAGUUCCCCCAUCACUUCCUGUCCCAAACGGCUGCUAGCCAGCUGCCUUUUAGUGGUGGGUGGAGCAAUUUGAGCUUCAAGCUUUGGUUGUGGCCCCAGCUCUGGAAGGGGAGUGGGGUCUAAUGUUCAGAGCAGGGGGGCCAGAGCCAGAACUCCUGGGUUCUCCCCCUGGGUGCUGGCUGGCCUGCUGGGCAGUGUUGCCAAAUGGACCCACCCAGCCCCUUCUCCCAAACUUGACCCCCCCCUUCCAGAUUGAAAUGUCCCGGAUGCCUGGCCUCUCCGGAGGGCUGCUCCGGCUCCCCCAGGGCCCCUCGUCACUUCUCUGCACCUUGUUUAAUUCCGGGGCACGAUGCCAGGACCCCCCGGGUCGCACCCAGAUCCCAUCACCCCCCCCGAACGGAGGCAGCGGAAGGUUCUGAAAGGUUCUGGCUGGGUCUGUCUGGGGCGUUUGGGUCUCUCUGCGGCCGCUGUGCUCUAACCCCCCUCGCCCCAUUAAUCCUCGCUCUGAUUCACAGCCAGCGCUAAUCUCUGUCUGUCCUUCCUCCACCACCCAGCUUUUGCUCUGGUUAAUUGCCACCUCGGGGUCCCUGAUUUGGGGUGGGGCGGGGGCCAGUACUGAUAUGGGGAUUCCCAUCUGGACUCCAUGUUUAAUUUGCUGUGUCUGAAGUUGGGAGG